CCCCUGCUGUACACGCCGGACAACCCCCAGCUGGAGAACAGCACGUCCCUCGUGGAGACCGUCGGCAUGUACCUGUUUGGCAUCUACCACGUGGUCAUCAUCAUCGUCCUCAUCAACAUGCUGAUCGCUAUGAUGUCCCACUCCUUUGAGGACAUCCAGGUGAGUCCGAUGGUAUGCUUCGGUUUAUUUCGGAAGAAAAAUGAGAGCAAUUGGGUCAGCUAUUGUGUGUGUGUGUGGGGGGGGGGAUCUAUUACUCAAACGAUUAAUUUUCUUUACAAAUUGAUUUAUUUCACUUAUGAUUUACAACAAAUGUCUAUAUUUAUCAACUAAUAAUUGUUAUAACCCUGAUAACAGUCUUGAAAGAUGCGGGUGAAAAGCUACAGCAAAAGAUUGUUAGUGGGGGGGGUGGGGUGGGGGGGAUUUUUUUUUGUUUGGGGGGGGGGGGGGGGGUUGUGUGUGUGUGUGCGCGUGCGUGCGUGCGUGCGUGUGUGUGUGUGUGCGCGUAUGUGUGUGUCUGUGUUUCUACGCUCUGCUAUAAACCACUUUAACAAUAAUAUUUUAUCUUUUCUCUAUAAAUAUUCUCAUUCUUCUAUAAAAAAAACAAGUGGCAAAGAGCCGUUGAAUGUUUGGCUGACAACGUGUAUGAGAUAAAGAGAUCAUUUAUAGUUUUUCACCAUAUAUAGACAUGAUAUAGAACAAAAUUUCCAUGAAUGUUUAUUCUAAUACCCGCCCCCUCCCCACCCCCCUCGCAGACCGAUUGUGACGUGGAGUGGAAAUUCGCCCGCACCAAGCUGUGGCUCAAUUACAUGGACGACGGAAGUACCCUCCCCGUCCCGUUUAACAUGAUCCCCACCCCCAAGUCGUUCCUGUACGGCUGGCAGGCCAUCAAAGAGGCCUUCGAUCCCAGCUCUGAGGUAAUGGAGCCGGGAAGACACCGCAGACAGACUUUUCUCAAGGUAGCCCUUUAUAGCCGCGUGAGUGAAGGCUGCGGUUCAACGCUGUCUCCCAAUAAUGAUUGAUACCCACCCCCCCACCCCCCACCCCCACCCACGUUCUUCUGUUUGCGUCGUCGCGGCUCCGGCACAGAACUGGGGCCCGGAAGCUGCAUCCGUAUCGCAGUUAUUGAGAGACACUGUUGGCGGCACUUAGUUUAGUUGGCAUGUGAUCAUUUAGCGGCAGUUGUUUAGUUAGUACGUCAUUUAUUUCGUCAGNAUAUAAAAAAUAUAUAAAUUAUAGUUUGUAUAUAUAUAUAUAUAUAUAUAUAUAUAUAUAUAUAUAUAUAUAUAUAUAUAUAUAGAGAGAGAGAGAGAGAGAGAGAGAGAGAGAGAGAGAGAGAGAGGGAGAGAGAGAGAAAUAGAGAGAGAGAAGACAUUGUGCCAAUUAUAUAGGGCUUUUCAUUUCAUGUCUGAAAUCUUUUAAUAUAACGGCUGUCAUCAUCCGGGUACUCAAGACGGACAAAAUGUCGAACUCUUCUCAGUACUUCUAUGUUAGGGAAGUGGCACUUGACCUAAAUCAAAAAUUGUUUACAACUACUUUCUACGAAAUAUUUUACAAUUUUUUUUUUACUGCUACAUCUAGCUAUAUUCAAGAAUAUACAUUUUGUGAAAUGGGACUUCACUGCGCAUACCGCACAUGUAGACUCUAGAUUUAUAAGGAUCGUCCGCACAUUCAGGGUCUAAGAUAUUAUUCCUUUCCUAAAACUCACAAAGAUUUAGAAAAAUGUAAAAGAUGGGUUCACGCCUGUAGCAGACUAGUUUUUUUUUUUUUGUGCCCACAGUCUAUCUAAACACUUGUAUGGAUGCAGUAGCAUCUUGUUGGUGGAAUAGGCUUUAAGAAAUAUUUGUCCAACAUUCUAAAAAUAGUAACAUUACGUAGUGCACUUUCAUGUUUUCCGGUCUGAGAAAUGACAAACUCUAUCCAAUUAUAAUGUUCAUUAAAGAUUGCAGAUCCCGCUUUGCUAUUGUUUCCUAUCUUUGUUUAAUGUUUCCCCCACGUUUUUAUCGUAUUUAACUUUUUUUUGUUAAAUGCUUUGGAUUAUUUCGGAAGAGAUUUAUUACAGUCACCAUGGAUACCGAAACCAUGCAUCUCAUAAAAAUAUGAUGGCGCGCCGGUUUCUGAAACUUCGUGUUGAAUCGUAAACAAACAAUUAGCUAAAUAAAUAAAUAAAGUUCAUUUCAACUGUUUAGGUUGAUUUCCUUUGAACUGUGUUUAUUUAACGAGCAUAAGUAAAGUGAGUCUUGAUUGUAUGACUAAGGAGAGGAAACUUUGGAAAUGCGCUCUUUCCUAUACCGAUGAUCUUAAAAAAAGGGUUGUACACAAAGUUUGACGAACUCCAAAGGUGCUACACGGAAUACACAUUGAAGAUCAAGUUUGCCAGAUUGGAGUAGGGUUUCCUAGGCUACACAGUGUACAUCAAGUUUGCCAGGCUGGAGUAGGGUUUCCUAGGCUACACAAUGUGCAUCAAGUUUGCCAGAUUGGGGUAGGGUUUCCUAGGCUACACAAUGUACAUCAAGUUUGCCAGAUUGGGGUAGGGUUUCCUAGGCUACACAAUGUACAUCAAGUUUGCCAGAUUGGGGUAGGGUUUCCUAGGCUACACAAUGUACAUCAAGUUUGCCAGAUUGGAGUAGGGUUUCCUAGGCUACACAAUGUACAUCAAGUUUGCCAGAUUGGGGUAGGGUUUCCUAGGCUACACAAUGUACAUCAAGUUUGCCAGAUUGGGGUAGGGUUUCCUAGGCUACACAAUGUACAUCAAGUUUGCCAGAUUGGUACACAAUGUACAUCAAGUUUGCCAGAUUGGGGUAGGGUUUCCUAGGCUACACAAUGUACAUCAAGUUUGCCAGAUUGGGGUAGGGUUUCCUAGGCUACACAAUGUACAUCAAGUUUGCCAGAUUGGGGUAGGGUUUCCUAGGCUACACAAUGUACAUCAAGUUUGCCAGAUUGGAGUAGGGUUUCCUAGGCUACACAAUGUACAUCAAGUUUGCCAGAUUGGGGUAGGGUUUCCUAGGCUACACAAUGUACAUCAAAUUUGCCAGAUUGGAGUAGGGUUUCCUAGGCUACACAAUGUACAUCAAGUUUGCCAGAUUGGGGUAGGGUUUCCUAGGCUACACAGUGUACAUCAAGCUUGCCAGACUGGAGAGGUGCUUCAUACACAAUGUACAUCAAGUCUGUCAGGCUGGAGAGGUGCUUCAUACACAAUGUACAUCAAGUCUGUCAGGCUGGAGAGGUGCUUCAUACACAAUGUACAUCAAGUUUGCCAGACUGGAGAGGUGUUUCAUACACAUUGUACAUCAAGUCUGUCAGACUGGAGAGGUGCUUCAUACACAAUGUACAUCAAGUUUGCCAGACUGGAGAGGUGCUUCAUACACAAUGUACAUCAAGUUUGCCAGACUGGAGAGGUGCUUCAUACACAAUGUACAUCAAGUCUGUCAGACUGGAGAGGUGCUUCAUACACAAUGUACAUCAAGUUUGCCAGACUGGAGAGGUGCUUCAUACACAAUGUACAUCAAGUCUGUCAGGCUGGAGAGGUGCUUCAUACACAUUGUACAUCAAGUUUGCCAGACUGGAGAGGUGCUUCAUACACAAUGUACAUCAAGUCUGUCAGACUGGAGAGGUGCUUCAUACACAUUGUACAUCAAGUUUGCCAGACUGGAGAGGUGUUUCAUACACAUUGUACAUCAAGUCUGUCAGACUGGAGAGGUGCUUCAUACACAAUGUACAUCAAGUCUGUCAGACUGGAGAGGUGCUUCAUACACAUUGUACAUCAAGUUUGCCAGACUGGAGAGGUGUUUCAUAGGCGCUACAUUGUGAAAACCGUGGCGCCGUGGAAACAUCUACCCAGUGGGCAGACAUUGCCACCAGAAUACCAGGUCAACCAUCAGAAAUUGUCACCAGAAUAUGAUGUCAACCAUCAGACAUUGUAGCCUGGACAUCAAGUAUACAUGAGAUGAUUUUGUAAAGUAAUUACAACUAAGAAAAUAUAAUAUGAUAUAAGUAAAACAAAAUGGUGAUUAUCAUGAUACAGUUACAACCAAGAGAUGAUGCCAUGUUAUCUAUUAACUAUGAUGCCAUAUUAUACAAAAACUAUGAUGCCAUGUUAUAUAAAAACUAUGAUGCCAUGUUAUAUAAAAACUAUGAUGUCAUGUUAUAUAACAACUAUGAUGUCAUGUUAUAUAACAACUAUGUAAAUCGGGAUCGACACAGGGAUCGCCUAAUACCACUUGAAAACAUAUUUAUUCUACAGCUAUGAAGUAGCAAAGAAAAUAAUAUUAUGGUUGGGGGUCACCACAACAUUAGGAACUGUAUGAAAGGGUCGCGGCAUUAGGAAUGUUGAGAACCACUGAUCUGGGGACAGAUAACAGGAGAUACAUUAGUUCUGCUCUGUGGAUAUACGGGAUCUGGUUGCACAUUUAUGCAGAGAUCAAAAUUGAAAUAAGUUGAUAUAAAGACAAAGUUACAACUUUAUUGAUAUACCUGGAUAUAGGAAAUAUAGAAUCACCGCCAAAGACGUUAUACUUUAGUGGUAUGCGACUAGAAGGGAACGUUUCAUGAACAAAUUCACUCAAGAAAAUCACAGUAUGCCACCUGACAUUUGAGUUGUUUGUGCUGUCCGUUUUUGCAGAAACGUCGAGAAACCGUCUGUAAGAACCUAGAGUUAAAGCCAGACGAGACGUCCUACUCCGACAUCAUGCACCGGCUGGUGAAGAGAUAUCUCUUUAAAUUAGAGAGAGCGAAGGACGAAAAGGAG